GCAGGGAGGGGGUGCGAUCGAUUGGUCUGGGUUCCGGGAGGAGGCGGACUCGCCUGGGCAGUGCCACUGGGCAAGGGAGGGGGAGGUCACUCCGGAGUCGCCUUCGCCGCCUGCCUUGUUCUGCCUGUGAGAGGAGUCUCCCUCCCGCCUGCAUCAACAUCUGGUUCCUUUUAGGACCCCCCUUCCCCUCACACACGCGCUGUCCCGCCCCUUGGGGUGACAGUGCGGAGCACCCAGGGGGCGCGUGAGGAGAAUCCUAACAGCCAGCGCGGGACAGCCCCCGCACCCCACUCUUUUUCUGCGGGGGGAGGGGGGCGCUGCACGAGACACCCCUGGCCCUUUCCCCUCUGGGGGCAGCAGCGCGCGACAGGGGGUGCGCGGAGGCUGUCAACGGUCACUGGCCCGGGCGGUGGUGAGGAGGGGUCGGAGGCGGCGCGAGGCCCCCCUGAGGGGAGGGGGGGUGCAGACCUGCCCCUCUCUCUGCAGGGGGGGGCGGGGGAGGAAGAGCCACUGCUGGGGCCGCUAGCAGAGUCCCCCCUCCCGCCUGGCCGGGCGGGGCGGGCUCCGGAGCCGAGAUGUCUCAGGAGCGGCCCAAGUUCUACCGGCAGGAGCUGAACAAGACGGUCUGGGAGGUGCCCGAGCGCUACCAGAACCUGUCCCCGGUGGGCUCCGGGGCCUACGGCUCCGUCUGCUCUGCCUUUGACAGAAAAACUGGGCUGCGAGUGGCUGUGAAGAAGCUGUCCAGACCAUUUCAAUCCAUCAUCCACGCCAAAAGGACCUACAGAGAACUACGGCUACUUAAACAUAUGAAACAUGAAAAUGUGAUUGGUCUGUUGGAUGUGUUCACACCUGCUAAGUCACUGGAAGAAUUCAAUGAUGUGUACCUGGUGACCCACCUCAUGGGGGCUGAUCUGAACAAUAUUGUGAAAUGUCAGAAGCUCACAGAUGACCAUGUACAGUUUCUUAUAUACCAAAUUCUUCGGGGUCUGAAGUACAUCCAUUCGGCUGACAUAAUACACAGAGACUUAAAACCUAGUAACCUAGCUGUAAAUGAAGACUGUGAGCUGAAGAUUCUGGAUUUUGGUUUGGCCCGGCACACGGAUGAUGAGAUGACUGGGUAUGUGGCUACCAGGUGGUACAGGGCUCCUGAGAUCAUGCUGAACUGGAUGCAUUACAACCAGACAGUUGAUAUUUGGUCAGUGGGGUGCAUUAUGGCUGAGCUGUUGACUGGAAGAACAUUGUUUCCUGGUACAGACCAUAUUGAUCAGUUGAAGCUCAUUUUGAGACUCGUUGGAACCCCAGGGCCUGAGCUUUUGAAGAAAAUCUCCUCAGAGUCUGCAAGAAACUACAUCCAGUCUUUGUCCUACAUGCCAAAGAUGAACUUUGAAAAUGUGUUUAUUGGUGCCAAUCCACUGGCUGUGGACUUGCUGGAGAAGAUGCUGGUGCUGGACACAGACAAGCGAAUUACUGCAGCUGAGGCACUGGCCCAUGGCUACUUCUCUCAGUACCAUGACCCAGAUGAUGAACCAGUGGCAGACCCCUAUGACCAGUCCUUUGAAAGCAGAGAACUCGAGAUUGAGGAAUGGAAAAGUCUGACUUAUGAUGAAGUAGUCAGCUUUGUGCCACCGCCGCUUGACCAAGAGGAGAUGGAGUCCUGAGAAACUGCCUGUCUUCUGUUUGUCCCACUUCACUGUGAGGGGAAGGCCUUUUCAUAGGGACUCUCCGAAUAUCAUUCAAGUGCCUCUUGACACAAAGAUGUUCUCCUUGGUGGAGGGGUUUUGUGUGCGUGUUUGUGUGUGUGUGUAUUGAAUGGGGGGAGAGAGGAAGGCUGACUGUAUGUAAACAUGCUGCAUGCUAUCUUGUAUUCUGCGUACAGCUUAGGACAAGCCUCUGAAGACCUAUUUGUGACUCACUUAUUUUUUUUUUAAGCCCUUCCAGAGUAACAGACAGCAACCAAUUUGCACUGCUGCUGGGGCAAGGCAGACAUAAUGCGGGGAAGCUCAGUUAAUUCUCAGUCACAUUUGUUGCCAUUAAAAUGGUUCUCCUCUGAGGAAGUGACUUUAUAGAUAAUGGAAGGUAGCUGUAUACUUGAACAGAGCCCCCUGCUUUCUGCAGCAACAGAUUUGGGGUGAUGUCUUUUUCUGUUUGAUGCCAGAGGGCCUGUCUACAUCCAAAGCCUCUUUCCAGUAUUGUGUACCAGCAGACUCUCGGUUUGAUUCUUGAAACACGAGAAGGAUUUGUUUGAAAAUGUAAAUAUGUUUUGUGCCUUAAAUGAAUGGGAAAAGAGUGAAAGUGAGUUUGGAAUUAACAUUCUUGAGUGGAAUUCUGAGCCCACAGCUUUUCAUGGGCUGCAGAUCGCCAGGCAUGAACACUAUAACCAGGAAGUAUACUUUCCAAGGCAACAGACUGUGUGCCCUUAGAUUGGGAGUCACCAUACUUCUCCUUCUUUUUCUCUCAUUCUGAGGCUUCCCAGCAUUAGCACCCAGUAGACACAGGCAGAGGCUGGAGAUGAUUCAUGCUGUGUCUGUGUGCUUGUGUACUUUAUUCCUAACAAGAUGGGGUAGGGUGUUUUUUUGCAUGUUGUAGCUGUAUGUGCAUGUAGACCUACUUUUGUUGCAUUAUCUUGGAGGAGGGCACUGGGGCAGUAAGUCUGCCAAUGAAAUACUGUACUGAGUUCCUCUGCUGUAGGAAAAUCACAGCAUCCUCCCUCUUGUAGCACAACUCAUUGUGAAGAUAUCUGCCAUUCUGGGAGCUUUGAUAAAACAUAUGGGACAGAUAAACAUUCACCUUUUUCUUUUCUCUGGUUUCAAAAGAUUUGGAUUUAUAGGGUAAAGGAUAAAUCAAGUCCUUUAAAGGAGCAGAUAAACAUGAGACAAUUUAAUUGUCCAAACUUAGAAGUUAUUUUGCCCCCAAAAAGAAGUUUCUUAGAAAUGCUGGAGUCCAAAACAAAGAAUAAGCAUGCGUCAAGUCAGAACCUCCCUUUCACUGUCCGUCUCUGUGUGGAUGUGUAAUUAACACUUUAAUAAGGUGAUUUUAUUUUUACCCUCCUGGAAAAGAGCUUUUUGGCUAUUUUAGUGGGUUGAUCUCUGCCUGAGGAAACAGGAGCAGGGAGUAUGGUUAAAGACAAAGUUGGUUAGAAUAUUUUGUAUUUUACAGGGAUCCUGUGUGAAUGAAAUGGCCAUGUUUAGGGACUGGGGAGAGGAAAGUGUCUUUCAGUAUUUUGUAUACUGCAGCUGUCCUGGGUGGCUCAGAUGCCCUUUUUUUAGGAUAUAGGGGAAAAGGCAUUUUCAUACGUUCAUGUAUUGCAGGCAUCUCCUGUGUGGGAAGAGCAGGGCUUUUGCAGUAUUUUGUAUCCUGGUGGAUCUUUGAUAUAGGAGUUGAGAGCAGCUGUUUUAAUGUAUUUAUUCCUAUGCAUAAAGAGGCAGCACAAAGGGGUGGGAGGUGGAUGAUAAAGCCAUCAGUUUUUCCUCGAACAUUUUCCAGUGAUCUCUCUUUAGGUCAAACCCUCUUAGAGAAGCUUGGGAUGGGGUGGAGAGAGCAAUUCUUUCAUGCCUUGGGUACAGAACUCUCCCUCUGACCAAAUUAAAUUGACAAUAGAAAACCUCCUUCUCUGCUGGAUCUGCAGUCCAGGUAUUUAAAUGGAAAUCCGUAAACCUACAGCAAGACUAUUUUUAUCAGCCAUGUUAUGUGUAGACGCUACAGUGUGAUUUCAUGCAGAAAUAUUGCUCAAGAUUUUUUAAAAUAUAGACAUUGCAUGUAUGAGUGGGAAUGUUUCAAAGUCCAGACUCUAAUGGGAGCUCCCGUGGCACGCACUCCCUGUUUUCAGAGCGGUGCUGUUCUGCUGCCUGAAUUCUGAACAGAAGUACACACGUCAAAAAAGAAAUUCUGCUAUUUUGUUUGUAUCCAUGAACUUUGCUGUAAUCGGUUCUGCCAUAUAUGAUGUCACACAAUACCACUGGUUUAAAAUAAAACUUAUUUUUCAGAUUUA